UCUAUUAGCCUAGUCACGUCUUUGAAGGUCGAAGUGUUGGAUCUUUUUAUUUUUAUUUAUUUAUUUUGUUUGCAAUAUGGAACCAUUCCUGAUAACAAUUUCCCUAGUUUGUGUCCUUGGUGCAUUGAUUUAUAUUUAUUUAUCAUGGAAUUUCAACUAUUGGAGAAAUAGAAACGUCAAUGGCCCCCGUCCGAAUCUUGUCUUCGGAAAUGUGCCGGCUCUUAUAAAGCACAAUCGUCACAUGGCAUUUGACAUGCAAGAAAUAUAUGAAAAAUACAAAAAAUCUGGUGAAAGAUUUGUUGGGAUUUUUAUGACCCGCAAUCCCCAAAUACUUGUUAUCGAUCCGAAAACAGUCCGAGAAAUUAUGGUAUCGAAUUUUAAAGCUUUUCGUGGUAAUGAAUCUUCCUUGUGGAUCAAUCGAAACGUGGAAAAAGUAUCGAUAAGAAAUCCAUUUUUCUGUCUAACUGAGGAAUGGAAGGAGAGAAGAAUUGAUGUUGUCGGGGGGCUAAGUGCUAAUAGGCUCAAAUCAGCUAUUCCGAUCAUAUUUGGAGCAUGCAACAAACUUACAGAAUUUGUAAGAAAUGAAUUAGCCCAAUCGAAGAAUGUUAUUGAUCUAAAAGCUAUUUGUUACAAUUACACAGUCGAAGUAGUUUCUGACUUCAUUUGGGGCAUUAACGCAGAUGCUUUUAAAUCUGGCAAAACUGCAAAUGUUAUCCUAGAAAUGUCAAGAAAUUUACUGGAUACCUCAUUCAAACGAACCAGUUUCUAUUACAUGUCUGGAUUGGCACCAUUUUUGAGAAAUCUUUCGAAAAUGCGAUUUUUUCCAAAAGAAAGUGAUGAUUUCUUUAUGAAAAUACAAAAAGAUGCUUUGGAAUUGAGGUUGCGUAAUAAGAACGAUCGUCCAGAUUAUUUGAAUUAUCUAAUCCAACUGAGCGAAAAGAAAAAUGUCAGUCUUAUUGAUAUGAUUGGUCAUAGUAUGACAGUUUUGUUGGAUGCAUUUGAAACAUCAGCGGCUAUGAUGUAUCAUGCACUUUAUUAUUUAGCUAGCAACCAAACUGCCCAAAAUAAGUUAAGGAAAGAAAUCAUGGAUAAUUUAGAUGAACAUAAUGGAAUAAGCUAUGAUACUCUAAUGGAGCUUCCAUAUUUGGAUCAGUGUAUUAAUGAAACUAUUCGUUUGACAUCACCAAUUCCAGUUUUCUCAAGAAGAUGUAUUGAGCAAACAUUUUUGGAAAACUCCGAAAACGUUAACAUUCAAAUUGAUCCAGGAAUGAUGUUACAUAUUCCAACAUAUGCAAUUCAUCAUGAUCCAGAAAUAUUUCCAAAUCCAAAUGAUUUUAUUCCAGAACGAUUCAAUGAUGGAUUCGCUAAAGAAUUAACUCAAAAAGGAUCUUUUCUACCAUUUGGUGAUGGUCCUAGAAUUUGUGCUGGAAUGAGACUUGGACAAUUGGAAACGAAAGCUGGUGUUUUUGAAAUUAUAAGAAAUUUCAAACUGAGUCGUAAGGAUGAUAACACUUCAAAACAUAUCGUAGAUCCAGGAGCUUUUAUAAUUGGAUUGGCUGGUGAUUUGCUUGUUGAAUUUGAAUUAAUCAAAUAAAGUAUCUGCAUAAAUUUUGUUUAAAAAUAUU